GGUUAUUCAGUUACGAUAAAUAGCUGAGUAACGGGGAAAGAAGGGUAGACCUACAAACCUCUCUUUAAACGUUCUAUGCAUAUUACUGUGGGGUUUUUCGAUUCCAACGCAGAAAGAAUAAUGAAUAUGACAUGGGAUUCGGAUACAUGAAAAUGAUGAAUAUGACAUGGGAUUUGGAUACAUGAGAAUAAUUAUUUUGCAUCAGUGAUCCGUAUAAUGUUUCACCAGUCAUUGGCACAUUUUGUGGUUUCAGCGCACUAUAUAUGACGAAAGUGUUGACAACUGGGCGUUGUGGCGUGCGCCUGUAAUCCAAGCUGCGUGGAAGUUACAAAUUGACGCAGAGGUUCGAGGUUCGAGCCAUGGUCACGUCUUUCGGAUGGUGACGUUAAAGAACGUAAUUCAUUUACUGUUUGGUGCAAACUUGUGCGAAGUUCCGCCACUGACUAUUCAACCGACUGAUAAUUCAAUUUUCGAAGGCAACACUAACGCUAAACAACGAUCGCCGGUGUCAUCUUUUGUACAUCCAUUUUCUGAAUUGCACGGAAGACGACAUGUACUGUUUAUGGCACGUGUUGGUUUGCAACGGAGGAAUACAGUCGUGUUAUUUUAUUUAAAUAAAGAUUGAAGAGGUCAAUGAUGCCGGAUCGGGUGAGUCAUCAUAAAGGAGACAAAAGUGUGAUAUGAUGACGUCAGAUACAGGUGAAGACGGCCGAGGAAUUUCAAAUGGAGUGAUGACGCCUGACACAGGUGACUCGGCAGAUGAAGGCAUCAUAAUAUCGGUCCUCAACUUACCACCGAUGAGCGAAACAACGCCGCCGAAAAUGACAGCGACGAUGAUGACGACAGAUGGCGGGGCAAACAAUCAAGAAGAGGACUUCGAAAAUAAUAAAAAAAUUCAUCCGGAUAUUAAAGGAAGAAAUGGAUUCAAAUACACAGGGAGCAUGAAGGUGCUCAUUCCUGUUAGAUUCAAGCCUAAAAAUGAAGUAUAUUCCCCGAUGGAUCACUCCGGGCUUCUAUCGUACGUAUGGAUAUCGUGGAUGUCUUCUCUCUUCUUCAAAGCUUAUAAAAAGACGCUGGAAUAUUCCGAUCUGGGACAGAUCUCGAAGUAUGACAGGGGCGACUAUAAUGCUGACAGACUUGAAAGACUCUGGAAGGAAGAGGUUGAUUUGAAGGGGAGUGAAGAAAAAGCAUCCAUCAAUAGAGUAGCCCUUCGAUUCGUAAGAACAAGACAGAUCGUAUCAGCUGCCGUGCUAGUCGUCGCUCUUAUGGCAUCUUUUAUCACUUCUGUAAUCCUUGUACAAAGAUUACUUGAGUACACCGAAGAAGAGGAGGUAAAUCUCGGGCACGGCAUCGUUCUCGUUGUCUCCAUCUUUCUCCUCCAGAUCAUCAGGAUCACAGGUGAUGUCUUUUCAAGAGCGUUCAACUGUAGGACAGCCACACGACUUCGAAGUGGGAUGCUGACUAUGGCGUUUCGCAAGUUGGCACAUCUAAGGAGUCUGAAGCAGCACAGUGUUGGAGAGAUUGUGAAUGUCUGUGCCAAUGAUAGCCAACGUCUCUUCAACGUCUGUGUGGUGGGGAACUUCUUAAUCUCCUCGCCGACUUUACUCCUCGCAACCCUCAUCGCAACUCAAUUCAUUGUCGGAACGGGGGCGUUGAUCGGGACACUGGUAACAUUCAUCUUCUUCGUGCCUCUUCAGGCGGUCGCAGGCAAGAUCAUCUCGAACAUCAGGAUUAAGUGUAUCGAGACCAUCGAUGUCCGCGUCCAGAAGAUGAACGAGCUGGUGACUUACAUUAAACUCAUCAAAAUGUAUGCUUGGGAAAUACCUUUUACCAAGACAAUAAGAGAUCUACGCCGCCGAGAAAAGUCGCAUUUAGAAAAAGCGGGAAUGUUACAAAGCUUCAGUCUGUCGAAUGUUCCCAUCAUUCCAAGUCUCGCUUCGGUCUUGUCUAUCAUCAUCCACAUCUCUAUGGGAAACUCACUCACCGCAGCUGAGGCUUUUACACUGGUGUCACUUCUGAAUGUUUGUCGAGCUGUAAUUGGUCCUACUCCUUUCGCUGUCCGUAUGCUGGCUGAAUCUACAGUAGCACUAGAUAGACUUAAGUCAAUUAUGACCAUGGAAAAGGCCAAACCGAAUGAGACGCUUGAGGAUACGAGUACAAACAUGGCGGAAAUCAGAGGAGGAGAAUUUGGAUGGGAUUCCUUUUCAUGUAAACAAGAUGACACGCGAGAGGAUACACCGAUAGAAACCACUCCCGAAGAUAAAAAUCAGAAUGGAAUUAUCAACGUGGGCUUUAGCUCUGAACCAGAAAUAAUCAAGAAUGGACUACACACUGCUGCUGAUUCAAAUGGGAUUCAUGGGCAGAUAUCUGACGUCAAACAUCGCGAUUGCAAUGACAUCACCAAUAAAUCCUCAAGUAAAAUUGUACCUGUCCUUUUCGACUUGAACUUUGACCUCAAAAAGGGGAAGUUGGUUGGUAUAUGCGGACCCGUCGGUAGCGGCAAGUCCUCAUUGAUCAACGCCAUCUUAGGUCAGAUGGAGAAGGUCAAGGGCUCUUGCAAGGUCAGGGGGACAUUUGCUUACGCUGCCCAGGAGGCCUGGAUCUUCAAUGCAACGGUCCAGGAGAACAUUCUCUUUGGCUCUCCGAUGGAUCAGGAACGGUACGCCAUGGUCUUGGAGGUCUGUAGCCUCAAACAGGAUCUUGCGAUCUUGACUAAUGGAGACCAAACAGAGAUAGGUGAGCGUGGGAUCAAUUUGAGUGGCGGUCAGAAGCAGAGGGUCAGUCUUGCUCGGGCUGUGUAUGCUGAUCAUGAUGUUUAUCUUCUUGAUGAUCCGCUGAGUGCAGUAGAUGCCCAUGUCGGAGAACACAUCUUCAAGAAAUGCAUAAAGGGCGCCUUGAGCAACAAAACUAUUCUUUUCGUCACACACCAGCUCCAGUACUUACAAGACUGUGAUUCUGUAGCCGUAAUGAUGGACGGACACAUCAGGGAACAGGGGACGCACAGCGAACUGAUGACACAGAAAGGAGAGUAUGACAGACUUAUCACCACUCACUGCAGGAGACUGGAAGACAUAGUCGAAGAAACGGAAGACGAGGAAGAAGAUGAUGAUGACGAAGUGUUCCUCUGCCCUCCUCAAGCCAAAAGGGAGCACAGACGAAUAUCGUCUACCACUGUAGCACACAACACUAACCGUAGACGGAUAUCAUCUACCAGCAUCAGUAACUUUUUAAAGAAACCAGUGCUCACACGAACCAGAUCAUCGACAUCUAGUAUCAGCAGCUUCAGCAGCUUCGAUGAUGGUAACAUCAACAUUGACCAGGAAGGACAUCUGACCACAUCAGAAGAACGAUCCCACGGUUCACCUUCGGGAGAAGACUACCUUGGUUACAUCAAUGCCAUGGGAGGCUUCUUCGCUCUUUUCUCAAUCCUCUUCACUUACAUCGUCGUGAUAGGAAUGCUGACAGUAAAUAACUGGUGGCUAGCUUAUUGGAUUGAAAAGAGUAACAACCGACCGUAUAAUGAGACGGUAGACGGGGAAGCCCCAACUUUAGUGAACGAUCCUAACCUCUGGUUCUACAUGCUGGUGUAUGGAGGAACCCUGCUUCUAAUAUUUAUCGUAGCCGCCUUUAAGAGUGUUAUCUACAUGAAGUUUACAUUAAACGCGUCAUCCUCGUUACAUGAUAAUCUAUUUCGAUCGGUCAUUCGAAGUCCAGUCAGCUUUUUUGAUACCACCCCUACCGGACGAAUUCUAAAUAGAUUCUCCAAAGACAUAGAUGAACUCGAUGUCAUGCUCCCAAUCAACAUGGAGAUGAGCCUGAACUAUCUCCUUACGAUCGUCGCAUCGUUGAUCACCAUCUCCAUCGUCUUCCCGUAUUUCAUCUGCGCCGUCAUCCCUGUCGCCCUCGUCUUCGCCCUCAUCAUGGUCUUCUACCGCAAGGGCGUCAACGACCUCAAGCAGUUGGAGAACCUGAGUCGAUCACCUUGGUUUUCCCACAUUGGAUCUACCGCUAUGGGUCUACCCACCAUUCACGCCUAUGGAAAGACCAAUGACGUCAUUACGAAAUUCGUUGAUCUUCUGAACACGAAUGCUUACCCUCUGAUGCUGUUCAGGAUGGCAAACCGUUGGGCUGGAGCAAGACUUGAGCUUCUUGUUAUUUUUGUAGUCACCAUUACGAAUCUUCUGGUUGUUCUCUAUCACGGAAAGAUACCGCCCUCAACGGCUGGUUUUGCUGUCUCCUACGCAAUGCAGCUUACAGGAAUGUUCCAACUUACAAUGAAUAUGCUGACUGAUACGGAAGCACGCUUCUUCUCUGCUCAAAGGAUAAUGCAAUACAUUAGGGAUCUCAAACCUGAGGCCUCAGAGACCACCCAGACGAGUAGGCCAGAAAAAGAGUGGCCGAGCCAAGGAGAGAUUCGAUUCCAUCACUUCCGGAUGAGAUACCGGGAGAACCUACCAUUGGUCCUCAAGAAUGUCACCUGUAGCAUCCGAGGAGGAGAGAGGAUCGGCAUCGUGGGAAGGACUGGAUCGGGGAAGUCGUCUUUAAGCGUCGCCUUGUUUCGUCUGGUUGAAGGAUGUGAUAAAGGCUCGAUAUCCAUCGACGGGGUGGACAUAUCAGGACUUGGUUUAUUUGAUCUUAGGUCUAAGAUGUCCAUCAUUCCCCAAGAUCCAGUUCUAUUUAUUGGUACAGUCAGAUACAAUUUGGACCCUUUCGGUGAAAAGAGCGACAGUGAUCUAUGGCAAGCACUUGAAAAGGCCUACUUGAAAGAGAAGAUUAGCUCGCUGGAGGGUAGUCUUGAGGCACCCGUCACUGAAGGAGGAGACAAUUUCUCGGUUGGUGAGAGGCAGCUGAUGUGUAUGGCGAGGGCGUUGCUUCGGAAUAGCAAGAUAUUGUUCUUGGACGAGGCAACAGCAGCAAUCGACACAGAAACGGAUAGCUUGAUCCAACAAACAAUAAGAACAGCGUUUAGUGACUGCACCACCCUUACUAUAGCCCAUCGGCUGAAUACAGUACUAGACUCAGAUAAGAUUCUAGUUAUGAAAGAUGGAAUGGUUGCAGAGUUCGAUUCUCCGGGAGCUCUCCGUGCAAACCCCAAAUCCCUCUUCAGCGGAAUGUUAUCCGCAAUAGCAGCUGAAACUCAGGACACCUAGUGCAAAAUAACUUCUCAGGACAAAUGACGUCACAAUGCAGUGUUACCGUUCUAGAACAUUUAUACUGCAUAUUAUUUUCAUUCAACACAGACUGUUUGCUGCACGAUUUGCCAAAGUUUAUUACAUGAUAAACAAAGAAUGUGAUAUUACUCAUGCCUUUAGACAAUUUGUAGAGUGCACAGACUCACAUAGCCAUGUCGCGUUGAUAAUUUUAGUCUCGAUUUGAUUGCAAUAGUGUUGAAAGAAAUCCGGAUUAUCAUUUGUCUUCCUGUCGCCUGGAAGCGCGGGAAUCAAACUAAUGGGGCGUUGCUAGGAACAUGCAAUUAAUCGCAAGUCAAUUUUAGGUUCCUAAGAUCAAUUGAAAGUCAUGCAUUUCAUUGCAAAUUUGCAGUUGAUUGACGGUCUACCUAUUGCAUCAACUAGUAUAAAUUAAUUUGCUUUACUUGAAAUUGAUCAUUCACUUGUAAAUUUGCAACUGGAAUUUGCAAUUGAUUGCAUGUCUCUUGCAUCACCCAAGCCAUCUUUAGAUGUUGUAUAUUUUACUCGUAAAUAGAUGGAGCUAGCGCCGGAUCUAUUUAUAAUGUGUUACAAGGAGAAUUAAUUAAUAUGACGUGGGGUACUUUGUUCGACGAUGAUAUUUACAAAUCAAUUCACUUACAUCAGGUUUAGAAUGCGUUCAUCACCAAUGUACAGUGCGUCCCAGUGAAAAGGAAACUGGGAUUCGGACAUCUUUUUUUUUCUUCAACGGUAAAUUAAUCAUAUUUCAUUUCAUUGUACAAUUUAAUUAUUCCUCUAACAUUUUGAUUUCUAAUAUGCGACGAACACAUCAAAAUCUGAUUGCGCAGAAAAAUUGGAAAAGAUUGGUUCGUGAUAUUACAAUCGUUCUUAUUCGACGAAUGGCUCAUUAGCAUUUAUUUUGUAUUCUUUGUUAAGAUUCUCUCACUGAUCCCUGAAAUGAGAGGGAUUCAGCUUAACACGUGAUAUUCUGCGCAAAUCGUUUCUGAUAGGCCUCAAUAUUUAUUGUUUGUAGUCUGCCAUGCGUGAAUUAUUUCUUAAGCUGUUGGGCUUAAAUUAAAGAUGACAUUCCAAUCUUACUAUAUUCAUAUUAAAUACAUGUUUGAUAAUUGUGAAAUAUAUCUCUGAAAAGGUUUUUUUUUGGUGGGACGCACUGUAUGGUAUCUUUUCAAAGGUACGUCUUGUUUAACUAUCGUACGUCUCUGAAAUAUGGGGAAAAUGAAGACCCAGACAUAUCAUAUCAUAACUUUAUGUUUGCCUUGUUUGCCUGCAAGCCAUCUAUACAUUUUGCAUGAAGAACGGUUUGUUGUGCGGACACCACAUCUCAGGGGAACGUUUCAUAAAGCUGUUCGUAAGUUAAGAGUGAGUUUAAGAACGACUGGUGAUCAUUGUGGUAAGUGAUAUUUCACCAUUGAUUAUUAAGCGCGUAAGAUGGAUAACCCGUCGUUCUUAAAGUCGCACUUACGAACAGCUUAAUGAAUGACCCACAUGCAGUCCAAGAAAAAAAUUUCUCAGGUAUAAUUAUACCUGUCUGGAAGCUUUGCUCAGACAUUACCACUACCUCUUAAAGUUCUACUUUUAGUACUUUUAUCAGCUGCAUGCUUGACAUUUGAAAAUUAUAUUAUCAUGUGACCUCAAAGUAUAGCGACAAUCACUGUAUCAAUGUGUUUCCUAUGUAAGCAGCUUGGCGUUAUACCAGCAAAAAGCUGUCCUGUCGAGUUCCUACUUGGGUUACCAUAACAGAAACAGAAUUAGAAACAGUAUUGUCAAAAAAUAAUUUUACAUUUAACGUCAAUCCUGAUCAUUUUGUUUUACAUGGCUGUCACUUUGAUAAUUUUCACAACAGCGUAUGUUUGCGAUGAGUAUACCGCAGUACGAACUUGUAUGCGACUUGACAAAUAAAACAUGCACCAAUCUUUUUAAAAGUUUUCAUGCGUCAUUAAUGGUGAAAUAAUGACGCGAACUGCGGGAGGAUCCGUCAAAUAAGAGAUGUGUGAAAUGCAGCUAAAGUAUGGAAUUACAAUUCUCCAGAUACUAACUGAUAUUCUUUUAAUGACAAUGAAAUUAAAGUAAAGAUAUUGACGUGUAUAUUUUUGUAAUAGUAAUUCUUUGGCAAUAUAAUAUUACAAUAACAUAGGUAUAUUUACCAAGGGAAGCCACUUCAGUUCUGAAUACUGUUCUCCCGAUGGGCCCUGCUAUUAUUAUUACCCGGCUUUAGCUGGGCUGCCUAGGUGCUCAAGCAUUCAAGGAACAUCUUCCUACAAUUUCUUAGCCACUCCCCACAAAUAUACCUACCAUCAGUACAAAACCUUUGUGCUAAAAAACCAAAUCAUCUUCCAUUAGUUAUUCGGUGUUAUAUUAGACAGUGGAUCUGGAUAUUCAAUAGAUUACUUGGAUUAAGCUGAUAAUUAUGACGUGUUGAAUUAUUGUUUAAGUGGCCCAAAUAUUGAAUAGUUUGUAUUUGUGUGCAGCACUUUGUAACCGAAAGGAAAAGACGCUAUAUGAAGUGUCUUGGAUUGGAUUUGAUAGUUUUGUGUAUUCUUUGUGAUGUUUCUGUCCCCUUUGUAGUAACUGUAUAUUGCCAAACUUUGAUUGUUUAGUAUUCUGAAUGCAAAUGUAAAUGUAAAACCUUUAUAACUUACAUUAUACCUUGAUCCCACUGGAAUGUGAUCCGUAACGAUUGCCCUUUCAUGGCUGAUCGGAUUUUGUGGGAGCCAAUCAAAAUUUCUUUUACAAUAAAAAAGAUUGCCACGACUGACCUCAAGAUCUUAUCAACCCUGACACGAUCAUUACGAUUACAUCACGAUUUAGAUACGAUUUCAAUCGUGACCCCGAACCAUGACAGUUGGAAACAGGUAUUACGUAUCUCUGCAAUUCAUUGCAAACUUCAUUUUCCAACUAGAAAUUGCCAAACUUCAACUCGAUCAUUUUGUAAGUUUUGAACAAAUAUAAAUUGAGGUUUUUUUCUCCAUUUUUUUUAUUUUGGUUGUACCGUCUUUCAAUGAAAAAUGUAUUGUACUGACAUGAAUUAAUUGGAAGAUAUAUCUUUCAUACCCUUUCCUUGUUUUCAAGCAUUUAAUGUACAAAAUGUAAAUAAACUUUGUUUAGCUUUCAUAAUUUGACAAUGCUGCUUUUUUAUAUACCUAUCUGGUCUUUCAGUGACUAAAGGAUAUUGCCAAAAUUCAGCUGAUUUUCUUGUUGCAUAUAUUUUUUUAAACUGCCAUUCAAUGCAAACUUUCGUCUUUCAUGUAUUUAUUGAAAAUGUUAAAACUUCUGUAUUCUAAUCAUUGUACAAACUUGUUUUACAGUAAUGUUAUGAUGUUGUGUAAAAUGCUAAAUUUGUCAAAAAUUUUUGAAAAACUUUUUCAUUCGGUCAUUUAUAUUUAACCGUCAUUUUAAGCAAACCUUUAUCUCGAAUUUAAUUAUUGAAAAUAAUUGGAUCUAUUGUAUUCUUAUUGUACAAAUAUGUUAUUUCUGAAUUACCAAGCCUCCGAUGUGUCGUACCUUAAUGUGUAAAUCGAGGAUCUCUUAAUUUUUACUUGUGUUUUUGAAACAUUUCGAUUGUGACUGUGCCAUGGACGAGUGAUGAUCUAUAGUGGCAAAGUCGCUGAUCGGCAAUCAGUAGAUGGGAGGUUCAAAUCCAGCUGAUUCCUAGAUUUUUUCUGACGUCUUUUUAGAUCUAUUUUACAGUAAUAUGCUAUCAUGUCAUUUCAUGCAAGAUUUGUAUUUUGGUGAAUAACUGAAUUAUUUGUACUUUUCUAUGAAUCUUCUAUGAAUACAUAUUUUUAUAUAAGCUCAACGGGUGCAAAAAUUCUUUCAAACAAUUACUAAAAAAGUCAAAUUACAUUGAUUCACAUGUGCAAUUGUAAAAGAAACUUUUUUCAACAUUUUUAUUUUUGUGCACAUUUCGUCAUUUGAAAGUAGCUGGAUAUCAUAUACGUGUUACCCAUGCUAAUUAUUUCUUAUUUUUACAUCGAAUAAUUAAUAUACAUUAAUGUUGUUAGAUAUUGGUUUUGUAAGACUCAAUGCAUUAUCAAAUGUCACUCCAUUAUGUGAUAACUUGCAUAACGCAAGAAUUAAUAUCUCAGGUCGAAAAUGGAAGUCGUCAAAUUCUAUUGGUUUCUAUUUUAUCAGCAAAUGUCAUUAAAGAUGUUUGUAAUGGCAAAACAUUA